AUGAUUCCUUCCAAGCAGUCCAUCGUUCCAACGCGGCCACCUCCUCCGCUCUUCAAUUGGAGCCAGCGGCCACUUCCGACAGCAACUAAUUCGAUGCUUGUUUCCCCUAAUUUUCAGAACCCGACUAGACUUGGAUUUCAGCAACCCAAAGAUGAAACGCACAUGUUCCUAAUGCCUCGUUCGUCCGAAACCCGAAUGGAAGACAUGAUGGCCGAGCAUGAAAACGACAUCAAAUGGUCUAAUGGCUUGAUUGAUUCUCUGGAGAAUUUGGGUGGCAAUAAUGUAGCAAACAAAAAGUAUGAAGCUUUGCUUCCUGAUAACAUCACAAAGCUGACACCAGAUUCAUCCAAUGAGGAGCGUGCCGAUUUCAUCAAGAGAAAAUAUGAGAUGCUGCAAUUUCUCGAUGGCAAUGAUCACGAGAUUUCCCCCAUCCGCCUCAUCAACGUUCUCCUUCAUCAUCUUCACAGAGUUCUUCUCCCACCCUGUUUGCCCAAGAUAAAAGACAGUUUGAGAAACAACCAACCAGACAUCGUAUAGGGCAAAAAUUUAGAAACAGUUGGGCAAGAAGAGAUAAUGAUCAUCACAAGUCCAUUAAGAAAAGCAACUCAUUG